CCAAAAGAGGGGAGGGGCUGCUUAAAAAUAUACAACGAGUUGCUAGUAGAAAGAUGGCUUCAAAAUCUCUGACAGCAUUGCCUUCAGUGGUCUCUAUUGUGGCAGAGAAGACAGUAGUUGCCUUGAGAUGUCAUACUAGAGGGUUUGAGAAGGUGCUAUGGCCAAUUUUGGCAAUUAUCCUCACGGCUGGGGCUCUUAUUUGCUUUGCAGUGGCAGCUGGAACUCCAAUGUGGGUUCAGAUCAAUUUGUCAGAACCGACAAGUACAACUGAUCCUGACAAAGGAUAUAUUGCCUUUGGCAUUUUCAGUGGCUCACAUGUCAUUGAACUGCGAGCAGAUACUUUUAUUGACAGGGAUGAAGAAAGUUACCUUGUUUUUGAGCGAUACACAAACAUCCUAAUAUCUCGACUCUACGCAACCUUCGCUUUCUCACUGAUCGCUAUGCUAUUCUGUUUGGCGCUUAUUGCUGUCACUUUUAUAAACAGCUAUCAAACUGUGACAACAUGGUGGAAGGGCCCUUCUAUGAUGUACAUCUUGAGUGUUUUAACAAGUUUGUCUGCAUUCACAGCAACUGCACUGUUUGCUGAUUUUUACCUCUGGGACAUGGACACCGCAAUUGUGUUUAUGGAUAGCUUCAUCAUUCCAGGGAAUGAAGCAGCUACAUUUUACCUAAUGAGUUACACCAGAGUACCAACUCUACACUAUUCAUCUGCACUACAGAUUGGAGGCUCUUUUCUGCCAGUGUUGGUGAUUCUCAUCUCGUGGCGACUACUGGUUUUGCUUCCAGUAGAGAAAAUCCAAAACAAAGGAGCAGUGGCUGAUGCGGAAGGGAAUCCAGUUCCUAAUGCUUCCAUGCUGCCUAUGAGCAAUAUGGCCAUGGCAAUGAAUGCCGCAGCUGCAGGGCCCAUUUCUCCCAUUUCCGGUGCGCAAAUGCCCGUCCAAAGUGAGUUCAGUGGGACUGGAGACAAAAGUAUGCUCUACUAGCUAGCAUGAGUGCACUGACUGUGGACACAGGUAGCUAUAGAUCUAACAUACCACAACAUUAAAUGUCUGCAUGCAUGUAUGAUUACAUACACUAGCUAUAAUUAUAGGCAGAUAAUAGUUUGUUUAAAUAUUGUUUACGUAUACAGUAACAUGUUUGACUCUUUGUAAUUAUUAUUAUACAACUGA